AUGGCCAGCGCGCCGGAUGUGACGCUGCCCGGCGUCUGCGUCGCUGCGGUGUGUGGUCUGCCCAGUUUACCUGAGCGCCAACCGCGAUUCCAAAUCAGUAAUACAGAUCACAUCAUCGACGUGAACAAGGGCAACAACUUGUUCGAGUACGAUCAAGUGACCAUCAUCUGCCCGGUCUACAAUGAGUGGACCAAAGAGGAAGACACCGAGAAAUACAUCAUCUACAACGUCUCCAAGGAGGAGUACGACACGUGUCGCAUCACGGAUCCCAACCCGCGCAUCAUCGCCGUCUGCGACAAGCCGUACAAGUUGAUGUUCUUCACCAUCACGUUCCGGUCGUUCACGCCGCAGCCGGGCGGCCUGGAGUUCCGGCCCGGCCAGGACUACUUCUUCAUCUCGACCUCUGCACGCGGGGACAUGCUGCGGAGGAUCGGCGGUCGCUGCUCGACGCACAACAUGAAGGUCGUCUUCAAGGUUUGCUGCAACGGCACCGGCAGCAACCGCGUCGACACACCGCUGCUGCCCGGGAACGCGCCGGCGCCCGAGGCGCCGCCGGCCACCGCCUCGCCCGACUGGAUGCCGGCGCCCACCACGCCCGCCAGCUCGGCGCGCCCCAGCACGCGCCAGUCGUACAAGGACCUCUACGACCUACACGACCUGCAUGUGCCCUCCAUCAACGUUAAGGCGGCCACCGAGAAAACAGAUGAAAAGGGCAAGAAGAAACAUCCGAACGACGAUAUUGCGAAAAACCAAGGACUCACUUCCCGAGCCUCGCGCGUCGUGAGACAUAGAGACUCGUACGCCUCGCUGGGCUACAGUAUAGCCAGCUUCCUAUUACUGAGGUUCAUCACGCGGUGAGCUGCCGCAGGACAAUAGCUCGUGUAAAUGUGUGUACAGCAGAGUGCGUGGGCUCGUGAUUGUGCCAUCUGUGAGCGAAAAAACAAGCUGCGAUGCGUGUGCGCCGCGCGUCGUGGCGCUGCUGUCGCUGUGGAGACGCCGGGAGAAGCUUUACAAUGUGAUGGAAGAUAUUUUACCGGUCAUAUCUGUUUGUGACGCUGAUCAAUGUGAUAGCCCUGCUGUGGCGGGCCAACCUUGUGUAAAACCUGUACAUAAGUCAUAGGAGUGUAGCAUCGCAUUUCAUUAUUUUACAUUGGCAGUCUGUGUCCUGAUUGCUUUCACUUCGAGCUAUCAGAUCUUUUAUGAGACGUACAUUAAACAAUCGAUGGUAGUUCCUUGAGCUCCUGGUUGACAUGCACACCGCGGGGGCAAAUGCCUAUAACGACAACUCCUAUCUUCCCUUAUAAGGGAGACCGAAAUUCCUGCCAGUACGCCAUAAGGGCGAGAUUACGAACGUGCACCAGACGUAUCAGCAUUGUCGCGGCGACAUGGGCCUGCCGUGGCUGUGGAGGCUGUUUUCGCCCCAUGUAUUCCCAUCCGCCUGCGCAGCUAUCCCCCGGUUCGCGGACGCUCGGUGCAGGGAAGUUGGGGCCCUGUCGACGGCCUCCUCCCGUGGUGGCACGCCAUGACCAUGAUCGUCUCUCUCCGUGUGGUUGACGACACGUUCCUGAUGGUUUAUUCGGAGCCGCAGACUGCUCUGGAAGUACCAGCCAUCCUAAUGCAUGGCCAAAUGCGAACUUACGUUUGAUUAUCAAAAUGUUACGUGCCAUAUGACAUUGUUCUUGUUACACCUGGCUUUGUCGAGCCCGACGCGCAUGUGUAUUUAAGUUCAUGUGCGCUGAUUUUAGUCGCGAACAGCUGACUGCUACCGAGCGGGGGUGCUCGAUGACGUCAUUGCGUUGACUGGAUUUGGUGGAACGCGACCGUAUACUAUGCUCUUACUUGGACGAUUUCGCAGUGCUUUUAUAUCUAUUUUGUACAUAAAUAAUAAAUGCUCGCCAUGAUAUGCA